AUGCGUGUGAUGAUUCCGACGGUAGUAGCGAGAUCUCUGCGUCCGGUUUUGCGCACUGUAUCUCGUCGUGGUUCAACGAAAAUGCCUGAUCCCUACCGCGAAUCCUAUUCUCUUCUCAGAGAUCCCGUUCCUGUUGGGGGAUUCUUCUUGGUCGCUGCUCCUCUCGCUUGGAUUGAUUGUUACGAAAUGUAUUUAUUAAUUUAUUUCCUAGACAUGUUUCGUUUAAUAUCAAGCGGUGUCAGGAACCUCUUAAAUUCUUCGCGUGCCCGACUGGCUCUUUCGAAUCACAGGUUUAGUUGUUUAGCAGAGCCCCCUUCAAAACCCAAUGAACGACAUAGUGGGCCAAUGUAUACAGUCACUCGUGAGGCUUCGAGUAAACGCUUUUCUAAAGAAGCUUGCUACGCUUUUGCCCUUGGGUUUGGUAUUCUUGGCUCAGUGUUGGCUCUGAAUGGUUUUAUUUACUAUUGGGAUAACAGAUAUGCUGAUCCCGGUGCUCAUCCGAUUUACGAAAAGUUUGCACCAUCACCUGUUGACAAUGAGACUCCCAAAUUAUCGGAGGAAUCAACCAUGCCAAAUCCCAAAACACCUACCUACAAGCUUCCCCUUCACGUAAAACAUGUAAUAAUUGGGGCGGGGGCAACAGGAAUGUCUGCUGCUCGUGCAAUUCGUUCCGCUGAUCCUUUGGCUAAAAUUCUUCUGGUUGCUGGGGACUCAACUUGUGGUGAGGACCUCAUUGAAGUUGUUGGAGAAGACGGAGAGAUAAUGGCCUACCCACCUCCCUAUGUCCGACCAGUUUUGAGUGGGGGUUUGUGGUGGAGGUCUCCGGAAAGGCGCAAAGUUAUGCUCAAUCCCGGUGGUGACAUCCGAACGCAUUCCUGGUUCUUCUAUGAACCUCUGAGUUUCUUCAUUGAUCCGGAGGCACUUGGAGAAACGCAGGAGGGUGGAAUCUGCCUUCUUCGUGGAAACCCCGUUGUCUCUCUUAACCCCGAACGUCAUUCCGUCACCUUAGCCGACGGUCAAGAGGUGAAAUUCGAUUGUUGUCUCCUAGCGACGGGUGUUCAACCUAUCACUGUACCGGAGCUUCAACAUUGUUCCGUUAGUGGUACUGAUUUGGUCUCCAACAAGCGCAUCACAUACUUCAGAAACAUCGCCGAUUAUAAGUAUCUUCAGUCAGUUUCUGACAAACUUCACAAGAAUGGUGGUAGAAUAGCAGUUUUUGGAAGUGGUGCUUUGGCUUGUGAACUCGCUUCAAGUCUUUUGGAGAAUCGUCGACUCAGCGAGGGGGAGAAGGCUUCGGAAAAUUCCUCAUCUAAUGACUCUUCUGAUUUCCACAUUCAUCACUUCCUCAGCAUCGAUGUCGUUCAUCCAAUGUCUGAGAUCCUUCCUCCGAUUCUUGCCCAGAGCCUCGCUAAUUAUGAAAUUGAAGGAGGUAUUCACCUUGAAGCCAAUCAAUCCGUUGUCCGCGCUUCUUUGAUUGAUCCUAGUAACCCCAAUGAAUCCAAGAUCCGUCUCUCUAUUAGUAAACGCGAGGAAAAUGGAACGAUUACUCAUGAUCAUGAGUUGAUUGUUGAUCACGUGGUCUGCGCCCUUGGAAAUACCCCAAGAGUCGAUCUUGCCGCUUCAGCAGGCCUUGAAGUUGAUCCGAGAAACGGAGGUUUCUUGGUGAACAGCGAGAUGGAGUCCCGACAAGACAUUUAUGCUGCCGGUUCUGUAGCGUCUUUCUGGGAUGCUAAUUUAGAGUCUAGACGGCGUGUUGACCACAUUAGUGUGUCAGAAGAUACUGGUGAACUGGCUGGUCUCAACAUGGCUCGUUCUGCAAAUUAUAAUAAUUCUGAGGUGAAAGAAAAACUACAAGAGGUAAUGAUUACAGAUAACUACGAUCCUCUGCCAUUUGCUCGAAAAUACCAAUCUGAUAUCUGGUUCAACAUUUCGAAAGACGCUAGAUUCGACAGCGUAGGUCUAAUUGACUCUGUGAAUCUUCUCACUCGAACUGUUUUCCUGAAGGAAUCUACUCAUAGUGCUUUGGUAUUCUACCUUCAUCCGAACAGUCACCGACUCAUGGGAGUAUUGUUAUGGAACCUGAAGGAUGAGUUCUUUACUGAUAACGAUUAUGCAGCUCCAGGGAGACUUAAUCUUGCUCGCAAAAUGCUUUCAGAUCAUCUGGUUCUUUCAGACGAUUCCUCAAUCAUUGAAUGCGCAAAACAAUUCGAUCUUCCUGGUGAAAUCGCCGAGUCUUAUGCGGAAUUGAAAACACUCAUUGAAUUAAAGAGGGAAGAAGAAUUGGUUAAAGAGUUGGAGGACGGACAAGCUACUUCUUCCGCCUCUACUAUCGAAGAACCAACAGUCGUGUCUUCUACCACCACAUAUGGCGCUGAUGACGUACCGAAGGUUGCAAUCCCUGUUACUAAGACCCCAGAGGAGAAAGUUGUCGUAGAUGCCAAAUCGGUCCUGUAG